UGAACGACGAUGAGGGGGACAAUCGGGUACUUAGCUCCCGAAUGGAUUUCGGGUUUACCAAUUAGCUCGAAAGUGGACGUUUAUAGCUUUGGCAUGAUGCUUUUCGAGAUAAUAUCCGGUCGGAGGAAUAGUACGUACUUUGAGGAGGGCAGUAAGUGCUACUAUCCUUCAUGGGCCACGCAGAAAGUGAUCGAGGGCGACGAGAAGUGCUUGUUGGAUAGCAGAUUGGGUGGCGAAGCUGAUUUGGAGGAGGUGAAAAGGGCUUCUAGAGUGGCUUGUUGGUGUAUUCAGGAUGCAGAGAUAGACAGGCCAACAAUGGGGCAGGUGGUGCAGAUUUUAGAAGGGGUUUUGGAGGUGAAUGUGCCGCGGAUUCCGCGGUCUCUUCAGCACUUAAUGGAGGAUUAGAUCUCUGGCAUGUAUGAUGAUG